UGCCCUCAGAACCAAACCUCGAGAUCAACAAGGGCAAAGCUGUUUUCUCUUUGCCCCAACAGGAAUCUGUUUUCCUUUAACGAAGAAGAGUCCUUCCUCGAAAGGUUAAACCGUUUGCAGGUAUUCUCUACAAAGGAUCCCUUGCAUCUUCUCAUCUGACACUCAAUCUUUGGAUUUAAACCUUACUUACACUCAACCAUGACCGUUUCAGUCUUCUCCAACCUUGGGUUUAUCCGCUCUCUGACUGUCCUACUUCUGAUGUUGACUGGUUUGAGCUUGAGCAGUCCCAUCAGGUCUCCUGAGAACCAUCACAGGGUGUCAGUCGGUAGAGAUGUGGAUGAUAAUGAGCUCCUUGAUGCACAGGACUUUUUGAGCCAGUUUCUGUCCACAAUGAACCUCACAGAGCUGAGGCCCCAGCCCAGGCCCCUCACUGCCCGCAAGGAGCCACCAGAGUACAUGCUGGAGCUGUACAACAGAUUUGCCAAUGACCGGGCUGCUAUGCCCUCAGCCAACAUUGUGCGCAGUUUCAAGAAUGAAGAUUCCUCCCCCUACAGUAUAACGGCCAGGGGUGUAAGGAUACAUCCUCUGCUAUUCAACAUCUCAAUGCGCCACCAUGAGCACAUAACAAGAGCUGAGCUUCGUAUUUUCACCCUGUUCCAGAAGGCUCGAAGACCAUAUGCUGGCAUUGACUGCAAGGUGACCAUCUACAAAAUACAUGAGCGAGUUGUUCGGACAAAAGAGGUGGGGAAAGAAGGGAGAAGGAGGGAUAAAGGGGAGGUGGUGGAGAUGAAGGAUUUGGAGGAACUGGUGACAAAGCAUUUCCAUGUCAAAGAUAACAGCUGGGUGUCGUUUGACCUGACUCAUGUGGUUGCACUCUGGCGGAAAUCAGGGUGUGCAACUCACAAACUGGAGGUCCAUAUCGCAAGUCUGGGGUCAGAAGAGGAAGGGGCCACACAGGAGGUCACAGAGCAGGGCGAGAGGUUGGUUGAGAUUGAUAUCGAAAGGAGCUUGGAGGGAAAACACAAUGCGGUGAUGAUUAUAUUCUCAGAUGAUCAGAGCAGAGACCACAAACAGGAUAAACAAGAGCUCAACCAGAUGAUUGAACAUGAGAAUGACCUUCCUGAAAAUGUGGGCCGGAGCCAACAACCUUUCUGGGGUCACGCUAAUCACAACGCUGGCCACGCUAACCAGGAUGAGCUGGACAAACAGUCUCUCAUGCAACUGCAGUCCAACCUUAUCUAUAACACACCUCCCCGAAUCCGUCGCAAUGUUAAGAGCGAGCCAUGCAAGAGGACCCCUCUCUUUGUGGAUUUUAAAGACAUUGGCUGGGACACGUGGAUCAUCCAACCUGUGGGCUAUGAGGCGUAUGAGUGCAACGGUGUGUGCAACACACCCAUGACAUCCGAGGUCUCGCCUACCAAACAUGCCAUAGUGCAGACACUGCUGAGUGUUAAGAGUCCAGAGAGAGUAUCGCGUGCCUGCUGUGUUCCCACUAAGUUGGAGCCGACCGCGCUGCUUUAUCAUGAUAACGGGGUGAUCACUUACAACCACAAGUAUGAGGGAAUGGUGGUGGCAGAGUGUGGCUGUAGAUAGUUUUGAAAACUAUUACACAGAGAUAGAAACUAUGUGCUGAUGUUUCAAUCAUCAUCUCAGAAAAUCUUCUCAUGAGCUUGUUUCCACAGAAUCUAGGAUCUCAUAUAGUGGUGUGUAAAGACACAAGUCUAGAUUUAUAGUUGUAAAUUAGGGAAUUCUGUGCUACAUGAUGUAAAUUUGAAGUUGUAUAAAGGUAAAUCAGUAAUUAUUAUUAAGUGUAGAAUAUGAAGCUGUCUGUCUCAUGAUUUAUUAUGAUUAUUUUUUAUUUUACAAUGCUUUGGAUAAGUUCCGCAGUUAAUUACAAAUUACAGGCCAUAUUCUUGCAAACGUCCCAUUCGACACAGUGACGGAGAAGAUGACAAAAGAAAGAAAGUUCUGAUGAUAAAUGUGAGGUGAGGCAAAAGGUUUAAUACUGCAGCACUGAAAUCAGUUACAAUGACAACCUUUUUCAAUAUUUUGGAAAUAUGUGUGUGAGAUCUAAGUGCACCUAAGCACAAAAGAUGUACUGUGAGUGCAAAGUUUGCACUCUGGGUUAUUUUAGUGCUGGAACAGAAUAUACUCAAUAGACAGAAUGUUCCACUCGCUGUCUUAUUGCAACAUCUAAAUGUAUUAUCGCUGACUUUUUAUCACAGACCUUGUUCAAAAUUUCUUUUAUCCAUGUACAUUUUGUUCUGGCAGAAAUUAUUCCUCAUGCAGAAGUUGAGAAGCUCCAGCUUUUUCAAACUAAAUUGAAAAAAUAUACAUUUUAGGAUAGCCACCAGAUAACAAGAUAUGAUAAUUUGCACUACUUAUAGGAUGCUGUAUGUUUUUUUUUUAAAUAUGAAAAGUCUCUUAAAUAAUACAUGCUGCAGAUUUGUAAAUGGUAUAAUUUGUUUCUGUGCUCUGUGCAUGUUGGAGCCGCUGAAAUGAUUUAAAGAAUGUGACAUUUUUCCUUUUAUUUGCUUGCCAAAUUUGCAGAAAAUAUAUUUUCUCUGGCUUUAACCAUGAGAGGAUUUUCACGGGGUCUUGAAGCUCUCCUGGGCUUCUUGUCUAGAAAAUGAACAGUUUCUCUUACUUAACAUUGCUGUCAACGGCUGUGAAAUCUUUCCUCACAUCCCAGCCAUUCAUAUCCUGCUUUUGGUUGUCACACCAAUAAUAAUGUAAUUAUGGUUGUAAAAAAUAAAAGAUCUGAAAAUAAA